AUCUAAGUUUAUAUUGUGCAAGCUUCGUAAACAAGAAAGAGAAUCCGAAAAAAUAUAGAAAAGUUUUGAUCUGGAAGUGAUUAGAUAUAAUUGUCAGCUAUAUGUCAUCGGCCUCGACUGUAAGUAUUAUUAUCGCUUGACCUACACUGUAGAACGUGAGUAGCGAACAUACCCUCCUUAAUUAAUUAUUACAGCAGCCAGCCUUACAUUAUCUUUUGAAUCAUCGAUAAAAAAAAAAUUCAACAUUAGAACCUUGAGAUAUUUCGUUAAGUUUUUGUUACAAUUAUGAUUGGAUUUAUCUUUUAAUUUUUAUAUUCUCUUGGGGGGGGGGGGGGUGUCCACUACUGGGUUGUACAUUUUCGGAACGAGAAAUGGGUUAAACAGUCUAAAGGUAAAUUCGAAUCCGUUAGCUGUUUCCGGAUUCUAAGUCCUAUGGAUUUUCCUCGUUUUCAUCUUUGUAUUUAGGAUGGGAUAUCUGAGUUUUGAAAAUAUAUUUUAUUGUAAUCUAAUUCGUCGGAUGUGGCAACUCGCACGCGUCAUCAUAUAAACCAUCAUUGGGAGGUAUUCGAAAUGUUUCCAAUGUUCCCAGACACCGUCGUAGAUCCUAAUGACGACUCGAAUCGAGAGUUCCUGACAGAUUCGUAAACCAUACACCCAUGUUCUAAUUUAGAUCUUACAAUAGAGUGUAUACAGUGUAGCUUCAGAAAGAUAUGUUUUUCUGCUCCCUAGUUGGUAUUUGCAAAGACUUUUAUAAUAUUUAGAGCCUACUCAGUGCAUUUCUUCCCUAGCUGUGGAAUGGAUGUAGGUUUAUUGUCAAAAAUCACGCCGAAAAUUUCGUUUGUUUUACAGCUUCGAUUUGAAUUCUAUCUAAGUUUAAACAUGGAUCAGUGUGUGCUUUUCGUUUGUUACUGAAAUGCACAAAGAAUGUUUUAGAUUUAGAAUUUUGUUUUUAAAUCGUUAUCAUUAGCCCAUUUUUUAAUCUAUUUAAGCAUGAUUGUAACUGUUGUUCGACUGUAUUUCGCGCGGUUAUUCCAUCAAUUUAAAUGCACAAUUGAUUGUCUUAACCAAAUAAAAUUGUAUAUGAUCAUCGAUUUAAAGGCGUCAAGUAUUAGCAUUUCCAGUUUCUUUUCAUUUAAAUGACUUUGUAAGUACAAAGCACGAUCAAUUUACUUCAAGUCCCUGAAAGUCUGGAACAUUCAUGCCUAAAUCGAGAAACAUGGAAAUUAUUUUCUAUUUUGGAAUACUUUUUUCUGCUGCAAAUUUUGGAGAAGGGGCUCGUCAAAAACCUAGAGGACACCUACUGUAUUUUGGAUCCCACCAACCGGCAGAGGGGAGUAUUGAGACCUUGGAUGAAUUUCCUACCCCGGAGGACUUUUACGGGAUAUAUGUAUCGCCAAGAAUUCCAGUUAAGUUCCGCCAUGUUCUCAAUCCACGCACCAUGCCUGCUUUUGGUCUUUGGACAGACGAUUAUUUGAACACUACUUUUGCGCGGGAAAUUGUCUAUGCGGAGUACGGAAAAAAGGAGGACGCAGACAACUCGUACCGUUACUACAGAUUGGCUGACUUCAUUCACGACUACACCUUCAGAGACAUCUACAUGUUCCAGGAUAUUCCAAACAGUAUGCAGGGAAAUGUGAGUGUUCCGUUUUGUUUAUUAUGCUCGUUUGAGCGCAUGCUCCGGCGAGUGGUCCUUUGGAUGAGUAGUGGUGGUAUCCAGACUGUUCUCCACAAAGACGUCUUGGACAGCGUUUAUUGUUUAUUGGAAGGAUCCAAGGAUUUUUACCUCGUCGACAGUGAGCAAGCUGAUCUGGUGGAGCGUCGGCACUGGAACAAAGCUGGUGGAUACAGCGAAGUGGAUGUGGAACAAGUGGAUAUGUUUCGGUUCCCAGAAUUCCAGAAUCUUCCGUGGUGGAAAUCUAGCCUGACACCUGGAGACUGUCUCUUCAUACCUAAAGAUUGGUAUCACCAUGCUCGGAGCGGAGAUCAGAGAACGCUAGCCAUCAGUUACCGAUUUCUUCGUCCACCAUACUUCAAUGUCUCCAGGUGUCCUCGAGUACAGAGUACAGAGAAAAUUCGGAACUUGACAACGGUCACUCUUUUAUCCGACUUGGAAAUGAAAAGGAUGACGAUGUUGCAGGAGUUUGAGGGUUUGGUCGAUGUGCAGCUGUCGGACAUGGAAAAAGUGAUUCACUCUCACAGAGAACAGGAUGGGGAUUACAUCAGAUUUUUCAGACUGGUGGACAAAAACAGGGACAGGGUGUUGACCUGGGAUGAACUCUACAACUUUGACAUGGAGAUCGCCAUGAAGGUUGCGAAAUCACUAUUUCAAGAAGAAAAGCGCAUUAAAGAGAAACCUAGUUACAAAAUUCAACUGAACUUCGCCAGUCCGCAGGCGCAGAAACUCUAUCAAGAAAUACACAGCCACUCACAUGACGAAUUGUGACUAGAAGGAUCACUCAGAUCAACUCGGUCGAUUCCAGCUAGAUGUAGGGUACCGGAAUCUGUCGAAGUUUGUGGGUGAAGAAGGAUAUCCCAUAAUCAGAAUGAUUUCAUUUCGUUUGUAACAUGCACUCUGAUUGGCUGAGCAACAUACUUUAGAUUUCAGUAGCAUUACUUGCUAAGUAAAGCAUUGCCACAUU